CUACAAAUUCAUCAAUCUCUCAAAAGGAAGAAAGGAAGUCUUCAAGAGAGGAGAGAGAGAGAGAGAGAGAGAGAUGGAAUGCCAUCUUAUGCUAGCUCUGCCUAUUCUCCAGUUGCUUCUUUACCACAUAAGCCCCUGCACAGCCGCCCCAGCAUCUUCUUGCAAAGCAAACAUCGAGUACAUAAAGACAUCAUGCAGCGUCACAAUCUAUCCGAAAUUGUGCUACACCUCCCUCUCAAUCUAUGCAGGAAAAAUCAAGACCAACCCGAAAGUGCUAGCUUAUACCGCCCUCAAUGUGACCCUUGCAGCCACCAAAGCAACUUCUGUGGUAAUAAACAGGUGUUCAAGGGUUCAUGGACUGAAGCCUAUAGAGACUGCAGCUGCACUCGACUGUGUGGAGGAGGUUAGUGACGCUUUGGAUGAGCUCCGGAUGUCCAUAGAUGAAUUGGGUCAUGCAGUUAGAGGCUCGAGAAAUUUCUCGUUUCAAAUUAGCGAUAUUCAAACAUGGGUUAGUGCUGCAUUAACUGAUGAGGACACCUGCAUGGAUGGCUUUGAUGAGCAUAAAUUGACUGGGAGGAUGGAGACUGUUGUCCGGAGGAAAAUACUGAAAAUUGCGCAUCUGACGAGCAAUGCCUUGGCACUCGUCAACAACUAUGCCUCGAACUAAAGCUGUAUUGCUCUUUGGGAAAGAAUUGUAUACCAUUACGUACUCAAGAGUGGACCAAUAAAUGGUCUGUUGUUGUCCAAAUGGAAGACUUGUCCAUGUGUAAAAGCAUCAAGGACAAGAAAAUUAUUUGAUAAAAACUGCUAGGAUUGUGAGAGAUAAGGGAAUAUGUAGACUAUUCAGCAAGCAUAGUUUUUAUAACGUACUGUAAAUAUGAUUCUGUAAAGUGGUUGUAAGCCUUUCGAACUAUAGCAUCGAUAUAAUACCUUGUGAAAUGAAUUGUGUAUCCUAA